AUGGAAUACAGCAAAGAGCAGCUCAACUACUACAGGAUUUGUUACGUUGUCACUGAUGUAUUAACUGAUGGUCUGCGAAUAAUCUUCAAACGAGAAUGGGACAAUCUCUACGGUGCAACAACGUCAGGGCAAUGGAAGGAUGAACCAAGAAAUGGAGUGGACUUUAAAAACAAGGAAUCUGCUCGGAACCAAAAAAGGAAUGCGCAUCUCCUUACAACCAUGAUUGGCGGAAACAGAGCAGAAUGGGAUUGUACGAUGCUUUUCUAUGCUAUUCUUUACUCAGAUUGUAUUCACAGCCUCAGCCCAGUUGUCAGAUCAAAUGUCGAUGCCCUCAGAAAGUUUCGAAAUGAAGAUUUUGCGCACAUGUCGGAAGGAAACCUUUCAGACCUGCAGUUUCAAAAUAUCAUUGGCAAAGUUGACACUGCAUUUCAAGCGCUCAGUCUUUCCACAAUGAAAAUUCAAGAGAUUAAGAAUCAAACGAGCUUUCCCACGGAGAAACUGAAAGAUGUCUUGAAAAUGGUUAACGAUCUCAAGCAAGAGCUUCAGGAGAAAGAGUGCGAAAGACAGGUCCUUAAAGAUCAGUUAAACAAUGAUAUCUCCCCCUUCUGUGUCCUCCCUCCUAAACCCUCACAUGACGUAACAAGUCGCGACCGAGAGGUGGCCCAAAUAAUGCAACAGCUUAGAGAACUUAAAACAGCAAAUAAAGACAGGUUAAGUUACCUUUACAUCUCCGGAAAUCCUGGAAGUGGAAAGUCUCAACUAGCGGGUCUUGUGACUGAACGAUUCUACAAAGAAAUUAAAGAUCUUCCUGAUGGUACCUCAUUUGUGAUGACGAUAAAUGGUGAAAGUCCAGAUACUGUGCUACAAUCGUAUGUGGCUUUUUCACGGCGUCUUAAGUGUCCCGAGUACGCGGUGACAACCACCCUCCAUUCAGAGGACUUGACAACAAAUGAGAAAAUCAGCAAUCUUAGGGCAUUGAUCGGAACGAAAAUUGGGCUUUAUACAUCGUGGCUGCUCGCAGUUGAUAAUGUCGCGAGUCUAUCACAUGUGCAUGUCCAUCUACCCGAAGCCGAAAAUGAGAUGUGGGCAAGAGGCCAGUUGCUUAUCACAACUCAAGACAGUGGGUCAAUUCCUCAAGCAAGUUCCUUCAACAAACACAUCUCAAUAAGCAACGGAAUGAAUCUUGAUGAUGUCAGUUGUUUAUUGGAAAAGCUGUCGGGAAUCACGGACAAAGAGAUGGAAAUCAAAGUUGCUCAGGCGUUGGACUACCAGCCUCUCGCCUUGGCAAGUGCCGCCACUUAUGUCAGAGAAGUUCGACAGACAUCUAAUUUUGGCUGGAAAGACUAUCUUGCAAAACUUGAAACAGGCCAAAGAAAUGCCAUGGAGACAUUUCUUGCCGAAGUCAACCCAAGCUAUGCAAAGUCCAUGACGACAGCAACAACACUGGCCGUAGAAACAGCUAUGGAAUCCAACAAAAUUAUGCAUCACACCUUUAAUUUCCUGUCCCUGUGUGCACCACAACCAUUAAGUCUUAAUAUCAUUGAAGACUUUAUCACAAGUGUGGAUAAAGAAAUUCAAGACAUAGAGAUGAUUCGUUUGAAGAUACAAAGGUGCUCCCUGCUGAUGUUUGAAAGAGACGAAACUGAUGUUUACAUUCGUGUGCAUCAGGUUGUACAUAAUUCCAUUAAGACUGUGGCUGCAGCUCAUUCGGAUGAUAAGCACAACGAGGUCGUUAGUGGAGUGAUUGGAUCAUUCAGUCGUUUUGUACAAAAAUAUCUAUCAAGGGACAACGACGAGUUAUAUGCUCUAAUAAACAGCAGACAUGUUACUCAUUUGAUAAAUUUAGCCCCAGAACUUGAGAGAUGUUUUUCUAAGAAGGUUAUUUCUCAAGUCGACCAAACUGGCUUUUUGAUCAAGAACCAUGUGAUGGACCUCCAUAGAAUGGGUAUGUUUUGCUAUAUACAUUGUGAAUACGAAACUUCAAGACGUUUCAUCGAUUUGGCAUUAGACUUAACCAUUGUCAACGAGCACGACCCUGGCUUAGAUAUUGCAGUUAUCUAUGGACACGUGGGUUACGUGCACACAGAGCUGGGUGACCUGAGUCAGGCAAAGGAUUAUCAUGAUCGUGCACUGACCAUUCGUCUGAAAAAGCUUGGACCUGACCAUGUUCACGUUGCAAGUUCUUACAGUAGCCUGGGUAUUGUACACGAUGAGCUGGGUGACCUGAGUCAGGCAAAGGAUUGUCAUGAUCGUGCACUGGCCAUUCGUCUCAAAAAGCUAGGACCUGACCAUGUUGACGUCUCAAGUUCUUACAAUAACCUGGGUAUUUUACACAAAAAGCUAGGUGACCUGAGUCAGGCAAAGGAUUACCAUGAUCGUGCACUGGCCAUUCGUCUGAAAAGGCUUGGACCUGACCAUCUUCACGUUGCAAAUUCUUACAAUAGCCUGGGUAUUGUACACGAUGAGCUGGGUGACCUGAGUCAGGCAAAGGAUUAUCAUGAUCAUGCACUGACCAUUCGUCUGAAAAAGCUUGGACCUGACCAUGUUCACGUUGCAAACUCUUACAAUAGCCUGGGUAUUGUACACAAAAAGCUGGGUGACCUAAGUCAGGCAAAGGAUUAUCAUGAUCGUGCACUGGCCAUUCUUCUGAAAAAGCUUGGACCUGACCAUGUUCACGUUUCAAAUGCUUACAAUAGCCUGGGUAUUGUACACGAUGAGCUGGGUGACCUGAGUCAGGCAAAGGAUUAUCAUGAUCAUGCACUGACCAUUCGUCUGAAAAAGCUUGGACCUGACCAUGUUGACGUUGCAAACUCUUACAAUAGCCUGGGUAUUGUACACAAAAAGCUGGGUGACCUGAGUCAGGCAAAGGAUUAUCAUGAUCGUGCACUGGCCAUUCUUCUGAAAAAGCUUGGGCCUGACCAUGUUCACGUUGCAAAUGCUUACAAUGGCCUGGGUAUUGUACACGAUGAGCUGGGUGACCUGAGUCAGGCAAAGGAUUAUCAUGAUUGUGCACUGGCCAUUCGUCUGAAAAAGCUUGGACCUGACCAUGUUGACGUUGCAAGUUCUUACAAUAGCCUGGGUAUUGUACACGAGGAGCUGAGUGACCUGAGUCAGGCAAAGGAUUAUCAUGAUCGUGCACUGGCCAUUCGUCUGAAAAAGCUUGGACCUGACCAUGUUGACGUUGCAAGUUCUUACAAUAGCCUGGGUAUUGUAUACGAUGAGCUGGGUGACCUGAGUCAGGCAAAGGAUUAUCAUGAUCGUGCACUGGCCAUUCGUCUGAAAAAGCUUGGACCUGACCAUGUUGACGUUGCAAACUCUUACAAUAGCCUGGGUAUUGUACACAAAAAGCUGGGUGACCUGAGUCAGGCAAAGGAUUAUCAUGAUCGUGCACUGGCCAUUCGUCUGAAAAAGCUUGGAUCUCACCAUGUUGACGUUGCAAGUUCUUACAAUAGCCUGGGUAUUGUACACGAUGAGCUGGGUGACCUGAGUCAGGCAAAGGAUUAUCAUGAUCGUGCACUGGCCACUCGUCUCAAAAAGCUUGGACCUGACCAUGUUGACGUUGCAAGUUCUUACAAUAGCCUGGGUAUUGUACACGAUGAGCUGGGUGACCUGAGUCAGGCAAAGGAGUAUCAUGACCGUGCACUGGCCAUUCGUCUGAAAAAGCUUGGACCUGACCAUGUUGACGUUGCAAACUCUUACAAUAGCCUGGGUAUUGUACACAAAAAGCUGGGUGACCUGAGUCAGGCAAAGGAUCAUCAUGAUCGUGCACUGACCAUUCUUCUGAAAAAGCUUGGACCUGACCAUGUUGACGUUGCAAGUUCUUACAAUAGCCUGGGUAUUGUACACGAUGAGCUGGGUGACCUGAGUCAGGCAAAGGAUUAUCAUGAUCGUGCACUGGCCAUUUGUCUGAAAAAGCUUGGACCUGACCAUGUUGACGUUGCAAACUCUUACAAUAGCCUGGGUAUUGUACACGAUGAGCUGGGUGACCUGAGUCAGGCAAAGGAUUAUCAUGAUCGUGCACUGGCCAUUCGUCUGAAAAAGCUUGGAUCUGACCAUGUUGACGUUGCAAGUUCUUACAAUAGCCUGGGUAUUGUACACGAUGAGCUGGGUGACCUGAGUCAGGCAAAGGAUUAUCAUGAUCGUGCACUGGCCAUUCGUCUCAAAAAGCUUGGACCUGACCAUGUUGACGUUGCAAGUUCUUACAAUAGCCUGGGUAUUGUAUACGAUGAGCUGGGUGACCUGAGUCAGGCAAAGGAGUAUCAUGACCGUGCACUGGCCAUUCGUCUGAAAAAGCUUGGACCUGACCAUGUUGACGUUGCAAGUUCUUACAAUAGCCUGGGUAUUGUAUACCAUGGGCUGGGUGACCUGAGUCAGGCAAAGGAUUAUCAUGAUCGUGCACUGGCCAUUCGUCUCAAAAAGCUUGGACCUGACCAUGUUCACGUUGCAAGUUCUUACGAUAGCCUGGGUAUUGUACACGAAGAGCUGGGUGACCUGAGUCAGGCUAAGGAUUAUCAUGAUCGUGCACUGACCAUUCGUCUGAAAAAGCUGGGACCUGACCAUGUUGAAGUUGCAAGUUCUUACAAUAGCCUGGGUAUUGUACACAAAAAGCUGGGUGACCUGAGUCAGGCAAAGGAUUAUCAUGAUCGUGCACUGGCCAUUCGUCUGAAAAAGCUUGGACCUGACCAUGUUGACGUUGCAAGUUCUUACAAUAGCCUGGGUUUUGUACACGAUGAGCUGGGUGACCUGAGUCAGGCAAAGGAUUAUCAUGAUCGUGCACUGGCCAUUCGUCUGAAAAAGCUUGGACCUGACCAUGUUCACGUUGCAAGUUCUUACAAUAGCCUGGGUAUUGUACACAAAAAGCUGGGUGACCUGAGUCAGGCAAAGGAUUAUCAUGAUCGUGCGCUUGUUAUUCGUCUGAAAAAGCUUGGACCUGACCAUGUUCACGUUGCAAACUCUUACAAUAGCCUGGGUAUUGUACAUGAUGAGCUGGGUGACCUGAGUCAGGCAAAGGAUUAUCAUGAUCGUGCACUGGCCAUUCGACUGAAAAAGCUUGGACCUGACCAUGUUCACGUUGCAAACUCUUACAAUAGCCUGGGUAUUGUACAUGAUGAGCUGGGUGACCUGAGUCAGGCAAAGUAUUAUCAUGAUCGUGCACUGGCCAUUCGUCUGAAAAAGCUUGGACCUGACCAUGUUCACGUUGCAAAUUCUUGCAAUAGCCUGGGUAUUGUAUACGAUGAGCUGAAUGACCUGAGUCAUGCAAAGGAUUAUCAUGAUCGUGCACUGGCCAUUCGUCUGAAAAAGCUUGGACCUGACCAUGUUGACGUUGCAAACUCUUACAAUAGCCUGGGUAUUGUACACGAUGAGCUGGGUGACCUGAGUCAGGCAAAGGAUUAUCAUGAUCGUGCACUGGCCAUUCGUCUGAAAAAGCUUGGACCUGACCAUGUCCACGUUGCAAAUUCUUACAAUAGCCUGGGUAUUGUACACGAUGAGCUGGGUGACCUGAGUCAGGCAAAGGAUUAUUAUGAUCGUGCACUGGCCAUUCUUCUGAAAAGGCUUGGACCUGACCAUGUUGACGUUGCAAACUCUUACAAUAGCCUGGGUAUUGUACACGAUGAGCUGGGUGACCUGAGUCAGGCAAAGGAUUAUCAUGAUCGUGCACUGGCCAUUCGUCUGAAAAAGCUUGGACCUGACCAUGUA